AAAACGAAAGUAAUUGUUUUCAGGGAGGGGCUACUGUUGUGAACGUCUUUACUUUUUACACAUCUGUCGGGAAAAGGCGGAAAGUGUUCGGUCAGAUUGUGGGAAAGUAAGAGACCAGGUUAAUCUGCACAGACUUCACAAAGAUGGAAGGAGUUCACCUCAUUCUGGUUUUACUGAUUGGGAUUCCAUGCUCUGUCUAUGGUGAAUUCCGAGUGAGUGGCCCAAGCCAUCCUGUGGUAGCCAUUGUGGGGGAAGAUGCUGUCCUGGAGUGUUACCUUGUGCCACAGGUAUUUGUCAACAACAUGGUGGUGCGCUGGUUUAAAUCAGACAUUCGGUUACCAGUUCACGCGUACAGAAACGGUCAAGAUGACACUGCUGCUCAACAUCAGGCAUACAGGAAAAGGACUGAACUGUUUCAAGAUGAAGUAUCCAAAGGCAAUGUUUCUCUUCGAAUAAAAAACACGAGGGUGUCUGAUGAGGGGAAAUACCUGUGUACCGUUGAUGAUAAGACAAACUUUGAAGAAACUACAAUUGAGCUGAAAGUUGGAGCACUGGGGCGUGAGCACUGGAUCCAGAUCGAUGGUUACCAUAAAAAUGGAAUUGAGCUUAUGUGUAAAUCCAAUGGAUGGUUCCCACAGCCACAGAUAUCAUGGACUGGUGAGAAUGGCCAGAACCUAACGGCACAGUCUGAAAUAAAUUACCAACGUGACUCGAAUGGCCUUGUCAAUGUCCAGAGCAGUGUCGCUGUAACAAAAGAUGCAACAAACAGCUUCAAGUGUCUCAUACAGAACAAGCUGUUGAAAGAAGAACAAGAAGCAGCAAUCCAGAUAGCAGAUGGUUUCUUCCCUUCUGUCUCAGGCUGGCUGGUGUUUUUAUCUCUGAUCCUCUGUCUUGUCAUCAUUACUUUAAUCGCUGGGAUCAUUUGGCUUGUGAAACAAUUCAGAAAUAUCAAAGAACUGCAGCAGGACAAGAUGAUUGUACAAUAUGCUCAGUGGAAAUCUGUCAGUGAUUCAGAUUGGGAGAACAUUUCUAAGUGUAAAGUCUCUGUAACCCUGGAUACAGAAACAGCAAAUCCAAAGCUUGAGGUAUCUAAAGAUCAGAAGAACGUGAGAUUGACCCAGACAGCACUGAGUGUCCAUGACAAUGAAGAGAGGUUUACAGUCUGUGAAUCAAUACUUGGAUCCGAGGGAUUUACUUCAGGCUCACACUACUGGGAGGUGGAGGUGGAGGGGAAUCAGCACUGGACUGUGGGAGUAGCCACAGAGACUGUGGAGAGGAAGAGAGAAAUCCAGCUGACACCAAAGAAUGGGUUUUGGACAAUUGGGAGGACUGAGAAUAAAUUUCAGGCAAACUUUGAAACCACAUUUGAUAUCCAAGCUGGUGAGAUUCCGAGGAAAAUUGGUGUUUAUCUCAGCUAUGAGUCUGGGAUUGUUUCAUUUUACAGUGCAGAUACAAAGAUUUUUUUGUACACUUUCACUGGGUGUAAAUUCACAGAGAAAGUUUAUCCUUUCUUCAGUACAACACACUGUGACAAAUGGCUGAGAAUCUGCCCAGUUUAGCAUUGUUUCUGUGAAACGUUUCUAACCUGAAAGUUUCUUCAAAGUAUUUUACAGUUUAAUAGGAAGAAAGGAAUCUGGGAUCAUCCCUAUUUACAAAACAUUGUCUGAUUGUCAAAGCUUUAAGUAAUGUAAAUAUGUGCUUGGUCAGCUUCACAGUGAGGAGGAGGUUUCCCUCCAUGCGAACCACUGAUAGGCUGGGGAUCAUCAGGAGUUGGUAACUGGUGGAUUUGCCAUCCAUCUGCUUCUGAACGUUAACUAUUCCUGGUCCUGGACUCCUGUCUAGUUAAACUGCCUGAGCUGAUGCUUAUUUCCAUAUUCUGCAACUUGCAACUGUCUUAAGUAUUUUGUUUUUACUUGUACAGAUUAUAAAGGCAUCCCUGUUACUGGUGACUUCACUUCAACUGAGUCUGACAUUGGUUUGCAGGUGGUUAGUGGGGCUUGUGCCUGCCAGUCUGGAACCAGAUGAGGGCCAGCUUUGCAAUGUACUUAAAAAGUAAAUGAGCUGGAUUUACAAUAUCAAGAAUGAAGACCUGAUGUGGGAAGCAAUGUCACACUUAACAAAAUCAUUUGAAAGAGAUUUUGAGACAAAAAUAGAAAUUGCUGGAAAAGCCCAGCAGGUCUGGCAGUAUCUGUGGAGAGAAAUCAGAGUUAAUGUUUCGAGCUGAGUGACCCUUUUCCUUCAGGGUGCAGUGAGUAUGUAGCUCAUGGUUCAUGUUUCACUGGAUAGCUUUUACUCUGGAGUUAAGUUUGCAUUUAAAAAAUGGGAUAACUGCCAAGAAAAGCAUCUUGAAUUCCAUUACAGCUGAAAGGUCAGGGCAAAGUUUCUUUAAGAGGUUAACAUCUAGGAAAGGAAGAUCAUAAAAUGGUAGGUAGGUUUGCUUUGCUGAAGAGCCAAAGAUGUCAUGCCGAAGCUGCUUAUAAAGAAAUACAGUUGAGGGAGAUGGUUUUAUUUGGAACUUGGAGUUAAAUUAUGAUAAAAGUGUUACUGAACUCAUAUCAAAGAAGAAAUUCUAAAUGAAGAAUAAUCAAGAGGUCUGGGUGAGGAUAGCCCAGAGUAGGUUCUAUCAUCAUGGUCCUGGGGAGAGAGUAAGAAGAUUCUCUGGUUUCGAUCUCUGUUUGCUGGGGGAAAUGGUUAGCUGCAGUUUGGAACUAGGAAUGUUGAAGGAAAGAAAUGGUUUCGGGCAACACAAGUACUGUCAUGAGUAGACAGCAGGCAAUUAGCUCCCAGGGAGUUUGAUGACUCCAUACUAUUUGAAUGGGGGUCAGAAGAAAGAAGCACAGUGCAGCUGAGUGCAGGGUGAAGGAAGUCCAGAAUAGGUAUUUGCUUCCAAUGCUGGAUCUUGAAGACCCUCUUGUGAAAGGGGAAAAGAAUUGAAUGAGAUUUUAUGACACAGGGUGUCACUAAUUUCUGGAUGUGUUGCUGAGAAAUUGAUGGACCUUGUCUUGGUUGUCUCUGCCAUCUCCAGUGCAGACUGUGGGGGUGUCGACUACAAUUUGUCUAUUAACUCAGUUACCGUGUUAAUUCCGAACAUUAACUACUCCUGGUCCUGGUCUCCUGUCUAGUUAAUACUGCCUGAGCUGAUGCUUAUUUCCAUAUUCUGCAACUUGCAACUAUCUUAAGUAUUUUGUUUUUACUUGUACAGUAUUAAUUGUAUAAUUGAAUGUCAUGACUGAGGGGUAAAUACACUGAUAAUCCACACCCCACUACUUCUCCAGUGACAUCAUUUGUUUAAAUUCAAAAUACCCAAUUGGUUCUCUUUUGUACUUCUAACAAAAAUAAGCAGAACAUCACCAGGCUUCUUUGCUGAACUCAGUCAGGGUGUAAAUGUUCCAUGAACCAUCACAAAUGUGUCAGUAUCCAAUUAAAUCAUCAAGAUGCCCAGUUUGUCGAACUGACUCUGAUUCAGGUUAAAAUUAAUUCACACCAAGUUUUGACA